AUGGUUUUGCGACCAUUAGAAUUUGCUGAUUGCCUCUCGGAUAGCCCUUGGUUUCGACAAAAUUUGCAUGAACAUGAAAGCGUUUUGGAAGAUGCACAUAAAACUAUCAAAAAUAUUGAAAUACAGUGUCGCGAACUCAUCCAGUGUACUAGAAAACUUUCAAUUGCGCAACGAGCAUUUGCGAAAUCGCUGAAAGAAUUUAAGUUUGUCACGAUUGGUAGCACACAAACGGAUGAUGAACAAAAAAUAGCUGAAUGCUUGAGUAAAUUUGGUGAUUUCGUGAAUCAGAUUGAGGAUCAUCGCGAAAAGAUUAUUGAAGAUUCAGAGACUCAUUUUAUCGAGCCAUUAAGGAAGUUCCGAGUUGAUGGAAUUGGGAAAGUACUGCAUGAUGACAAAAAAAGAUACGAAAAAGAAUCCAACAAGUUUUAUGCUUCGCUCGAAAAACAUUUACAUUUAUCAACGGCACGGAAAAAUGAUUUCAAAGAGGCAGAUGCUCAGCUGGAUAUGCAGCAGCGAAAUUUUUGCAAUUGCUCGUUAGAUUACGUGACAGCCAUACAAGCGGUUCAAGAAAGAAUGAAGUUUGAAUUUGUCGAGACAUUAUGUUCAUUUGUCUAUAGCUGGCUUACUUUUUAUCAUGUUGGUGCGUAUUCUUAUCAUUAUUUAUAG